AUGGCUUCUCAUCAUUUCCAAUAUUUCAUUGUUAUUCUUAUGUCCACAUUUCUCACAAUUCAUUCCUAUGAAGAACUAACUCCUGAUUUUUACAAUGAUGACUGUCCUCAAGCAUUGCCAAUCAUUCGCUCAAUUGUUCUCCACAAACUUAACAUGAAACCACGCAUGGGAGCACAUUUACUACGCCUGCAUUUCCAUGACUGUUUUGUCAAUGGUUGUGAUGGAUCGGUUCUGCUAGAUGACACUCCUAACUUCAUAGGUGAAAAGAAUGCAAUCUCAAAUAUUGAUUCUCUUAAAGGCUUUAUGUUGGUUGAUGUAAUGAAAGCAGCCGUUGACAAAGCUUGUGAACGUCCUGUCGUAUCAUGUGCAGAUAUAUUAGCCGUUGCUGCUCGUGAUUCCGUCUCCAUUCUCGGAGGUCGACCCUAUUGGUACGAAGUGCCACUAGGAAGAAGAGAUUCAAGAAAUGCUAUAAAGAAAGAUGCAGAUUUUUAUCUUCCUUCACAGCUUUUCAAUUUUUCUCAACUUGUUUCUAACUUUGAGUUUCAAGGCCUAAACAUUAAAGAUCUCGUAGCACUUUCCGGUGCUCACACAAUUGGAAUGGCUAAAUGUUCUAGUUUUAAGGAAAGGAUUUACAAUGACACCAACAUAGAUCACGAUUUCGCAAUCUCCAUGCAAGAAAAUUGUCCUAUAAAAGGCUGUGAUGAACACUUUGAACCUUUUGAUCAUGUCACUCCUAAUAAGUUUGACAAUUCAUAUUACAAAAAUUUGAUUAAUAAGAAAGGUUUACUACAUUCCGAUCAAGAGCUCUUUAAAGGUGAUGAUGGAAGUGAAAGUGGUCGAUUCGUGAGACGAUAUAGUAGAAAUCCACAUGCUUUUGCUAGAGAUUUUAAAGCUUCCAUGAUUAAGAUGGGUAAUAUAAAACCUCUUACCGGAAUGUAUGGAGAGAUUAGAAGAGAUUGUAGCAAAGUUAACUCAUACUUACAUGGUCUAAAUGAGUGA